AUGACAUCCGCCUAUAUAACGGAAAUUAGGAAGAAGCAGAAGGAUUAUCUAAGUUGCCUAUUCAACAAGUUUGAAAAAUAUUCCAAUGAGAACGUGCUGACAAAUCUGAUAAACAAAUCGUUAAAUGAAAUUGCGCUGUACCCCUUCCAAGAUGUUAGCGAAAACGAAGUCAUAGAUGAUGUGAACGAGUACAUCAACGAGCUAACAAUUAAUGCUGAAUAUAAGAGGAAAAAAAUAUUCAAACAUUUGUGCGAGAUUUUCCUAAAUGACAAUUUUUAUAUAUAUGAUAAGAAAGACCGAUACGAAUUGAAGUUCAUCAUUUUAAAAUUAUUAUUUCUGAUUGGAGAAAUCAAAACAAGUGAGAACACACAAUACAUUGACCAUCUAUACGAUAAAUAUUUUCACAAGAAAGAAGAAGUGGCUGCCCCCCCUUUGAACAUAAAUGAGCAAAAUGCUCUCUAUGACAUACACAGUUUUAACAUUCAAGAGGAGAGAAAAUAUCUGAAAGAGCUAUACAGCACGGACGAUGAGAUUACGAGAUUGUCAUCCCUCUCUGGAGAAGAGGACAUACAAAUUGGCGACCUUGAAAGAGAUGAGUUCCAACAGUAUGGCUAUCCAAGCGAUAUAUACAACCAGCUAGCUAAUUAUCAGAAACAACCAAGCAGCCACAGUGACGCAGAACCCAAUAUCAACCACUUUCACGAGACGCAGUACGCCCAAUAUGUAGACAGCUAUAUGAAAGAGAAGAAUGAUUUAACGUAUGAAAAUGUCAUCAAAAAAAUAUCGCAGUGUGUUUAUGAAUUUCCUCAUUAUGAAGAUGUGGGGAGUCAGUGGAGACACCAUGCUAGAAGAUCCUUCCAGAGUAGACAAUCUGUCGAUUGCCUUGACAAUGUGUUGUCGUACGAUCAUGUGGAGGAACGUGUACAUAAUGCUAAUGUAGGUACUAGCGCGGGAAGAAGUCACUCACGUCGCCGGAUUAGCACUCAUAGCUCUAGCACAACAUCGGAUGAAGACAUACUUGCCAGUUUAAAAAUGAGACAAAACAAACGCAAAGAUGCAUCUCUCCCACGCAGACCAAGAGAACAAUACUUUUUUAAUAACAUAAACAUUUUCUAUGAGGAAUAUCAUGAGAGUGAAGGGGACAACACGAACAUUAUAUACGAGACGGAAAUUUACAAUUUGCACAACGUGUUCGCCACUGAUACGGGACAGGAGGGGCAGGAAGAGACAUCUGGGGAAAUAAUCGGUAGGUCAAGUCACCCAGGUGGAAACGCACUGGAUGAUAAUUCAUCAGGGAACAUUUACACACAUCGGAGGGAUUCUUCCCGUUAUGUGCACAUAUCGAGUGGGAAGGAACCCGUCCAAACGGAUGGUGCACAACAUGGAUGCAACAUCGUCCUUGCCGAUAAAGGGAAUAUUAUAAAGGCUGGAACAGCCACUAAGGGAAGGAAAAAUAAAAGGAAAGGCACAUUUUACGUAAGCGAAAUAUUUAUCAUAAAAGAAAUCUUGAUGAUACUAUCCCUAAAUUGCCCCAUAAAAUUUAAGGAAGACUUUUUUAAGAACUUUUCCGAUUUUUUAUUUAACCACGUAAUGGACAAGAACAAAGUAAAAGAGGAUUUUUUAUUUUACAUAAAUAUAGAAAGGCGUGAAAAAGGAGAGGGGAGGGCCCCACAUGGAGGCGUAACGCAAUACCGAGCAGUUAUCAGCCAAAUGAUGAAUGUCAAACAGUACAACUUAAGAAGAAGGACGUUUAAAAAUUAUGUGAAAAAAAUAAAAAAACUUAGUAUCAAAUUAUUUUACCUGAACAUUUUUUUUUUUUUGGUGGAAAAAUUUCGAUAUUUUUUUUUUUUUUUGCCAUACAAUUUCAGGGACAUUUUUAACCACAUUAUAUAUAUAAGACAGCACCUCAGCCAUGAUGAGGGGGAGAACAAUUUAUCUCUUCUCUUCCAGCAGAUGAGUUUGACUGGCAGCAAAGGCAAAGGGAGCAACAAUCUGGACAGCAGCGCCGACACCGGCAGUGGAAGGAGCAGGAGCAGCAACGUGUACUACCCGGGCAACUUCCUCGAGUGCUUCAUUGACUCCCUAAAAUGUAUUUAUUCCGAAUGGAAUUGCGUAAUAGAAAUUUUGUACAACUAUCACAUCUUGCUGGUCAUGAAGCAGUACAACAUUGUACCCGUUAGGGACGAACAAAUUUUGGGUGUCCUAAACAGGAUGGAACGAAUACGCAUUAUGGAUUACCUUCGGGUCGACCAUUUUGUGAAUUGGAAGUCCCGCAAAAGGGGAAGGCCUUCACACGGGAAGGUACACUCGCGUGGGGAGAUAACCCCAUUCGAGGAGCUCCACACGCGUGAGGAAACAAAAGGAAGUGCCUCCUUCCAUCAACGAAGAAACAGGUCGGAUAAUGCAAGGAGACUACUGGACGAGCAAAAAAUUGCCAGCUUCAGAUCGCUCAGCCUUAUCCACCUGCAGGUUAUAAUGACUAAGUACCUCUACGUGUGGAACAAUCUCUACGACUAUGUCGACUUUAUCUUAUCCUACCUACUUUAUAACAUCGGUAUAGAUGACUACACCCAUUUUAAUGCCCUAUAUGAUAACGCCAAAAAGUUAUGCACCUGCUACGACAUGACAGUACUGUACUGGAGGAAUUGCCAAAUUGUAAAUAACAAGUCGAUGGAAAAAAUUUUCCGCUUCCUUCUAAAUGGGCUGAAUGCGUACUACUCGAAACAUAUAAGCAGUUGGAUUAAGAAGGGAAAAAUUGACGAUACCUUUAAUGAAUUUUUUGUGUACUCGCAGGACAGGGGGGAUGAAGGGCCAUUUGCCAAUCAUAUGCUCUUUAUAAAGAAGCAGGGUGAAUUUGUCUUGUGUCCAGAAUUUUUUAACUCCUUUGUUUUUUUUCUAAUAAGCCUCGGAAAUAACAUUCGAUUGUAUAUGAAAAUUAGUCACGAGAAGGAGGUAGACUACGUCGAUUAUUAUUUGAAGGGGGGCGUGGAACCCCUCCGACUGAAGCGCCCCGCGAGGGGGGAUUAUCAGGCUGGCCUCGGUGCAGUAGGCCCCGCUGCACUCGUCAGCGGGGGGUGCGACGGCGAGUACAGUGAUGAGAUCGAUGGUGAGUUUGAGGACGCAGGUGGCGCCCCCGCGCCACCGCCUUAUCGCCCCAAACGAUUGCACAAAAACACCCUCAACUACUACUACAACAUCGAGAAUUUGAAGCACGUCCAGAACAUCUCCCUAGACAUCAUCUCGACCAUUUUGACGACGCGCCCAAAUGAGGAAAACCUUCUACCUUACUUUAACAAAGCUAUUUUGUCAUUAAAUGUUUCAUACGAUUUGUACAUUAAAAAGUUCCUUCAGGAAGAAUUUUUUCAGCUCUUCCUUCAAAGCAACCGCAUUUUUUUAGAUAGUCUAAUGAAAUAUUCCUAUCUGUUGGAAUACUUUUGCUGUUUGCGCAGUUUAGUAUUCCUCGAAAUAGGUGAUUUUAUUUCUCCUUUUUUUGAGUUCAUUUUUAAGGAGGUAUCCAUUCCGCUUAUCGACGAGAGAAACAUGAACACGACGUUCAGGCAGUGCGUUGUGCAAAAUGUGAAUAGGACUACACCUAACGUGGACGGAUCCAAUUCAUGUGCGUCCUUUUUGCACAAGCGGUUUGUGUUUCUCCAUAUGAAUAUUCUGAUGCAGAAGAAUUCCCACUGUAAGAAAGAGAAAAGGGAAAAAAUGCGUCAACGGGGACAAGGGGACGACCUCACGGAUGCAGAUCAAGAUCAUCUGCACAACCCCAAGGAGGAAGUUAACUUUGGGGAGGAAAAACGCCAACUCGAGAUUAGCGAUGAGCAUAGACGAGUCUCCACCAACUUUGCGCCAUACCCAUGGAAUUGCACCCAUCGAGGGGAUCCUCCCCCAAUGAUAAAAAUACCAGCCCAAUCUGCAGAAAAAGAAACAGCGCAGAGCUACACUUCUGCAAAAGGACAAAGUAACACCAAGUAUGAAGAAGCGCAGAAUGGAAGUGAAUCCUCCAUCUGCCAACAGUUGACGAAAAACCUUUACAAAGAAGAGAUUAUAACGAGUAUCUUGAAGAGAUUCUACUUUACCUUAAGGGAAAACAAAAUGUACAACAACAACAUCCGUGUUAUAAGCUACAGGAAUUUGCUAAUAGAGACAAGGGGCAGUGGGUCAUCUUUUGUUAAUUUUUUAUUUGAUUCGAAAUGUUUGGAGAAAUAUUCAGCGAUAUUUUCCUACUUUCUUGAAAUAAAAAAAUCUUUGCAUGUACUAAAUUUAGUACACAUAUUUUAUAAGUACCUGAGGACAAAGAAAUCAGAACACUAUGAAACUGUGGAGGUAAUCGUCACCUCUUUGUGUGUUUUAAAAUAUAAAAUGUUCUUCUUCCUGAACACGCUGUAUACCUACUACCAGUGGAUAUUGAGUUUCUCGUGGAAUCAGUUCAUUUCCACUUUGUUAAAAUCAAAGUCGUUGUAUCAGAUAAAACAUAGUCACAAGCUGUACUUAACUUUUUUAAUCGAAACGAUGUUGGUACCGAUACGGACGAGACAUGACGAGCUGCACAAUUUUUACAUAAAUGAUGAACACAGGAAAAAUGCCCUGCUUCAGGAAUAUGAAAGAAAAAAGGUUGUUUUUAAUCCUCCCAGGGGUAAGAACGACCAGGGAAAUGUGGAAACUGAUUCGUAUAAUAUGUGGGGUAGCUCCACUGUUGCUUUAGAAGAUAGGAUCAAUUGCGAUUCUAGAGGGCGGUUCAGCCAAGUGGCCCAGGAUUCGGACAAAUACAGACCUGAAAAAAAACGAAGCGAUGGCGCAGAUGCUACAGCAUGGGAUAACACCUCCGCCAAUUCCCUGCUUCAAGGCACUCUAAAUAAGGAGUUCCUCCUCAAUGAAUUAUUUUCCAAUCACCUUCUUAAUCUGUUAUCCAUUCCUUCCCAAAUUUACGAUAUCCUUCUAAAGCUGAGCAAACUCUUCAAUGUCACCUUUGACCUAAACUUUGACAACUCGUACGACAUGGCUUUUCAGAGCGAGCAGGAGGUGGACGAUGAGGAACGGGAUGAAGAGGACGGCCUUGAUGAAGACGACGAAGAAGAAAUAAUGAACGUAAAAAAUGGAAUCCUAAACAGGGACAAAAAUACAGUAGCAGAAGGGGGAAACAGAACGUAUCCUAAAAGCGGGCAUGCAAAAAGUGAUGGGAAGAACCCCGCAGAGAGAGAGCACAUUUUAUUUUCCAUAAACAGUUACAUAAAAUCUCUUGCAAACAUUUUCGAUAUUCACUACUUGGAGUUUGUAAUGAAAUUAAACAUCAUUUCUUUGAAUGUUGACCAAAAUAGCUUCUUUGGCCCUAAUAGGGAUUCUAGACUGUUUAACCACAUUUUGAGGUUAGACAAGAGCAUCCUGAAAAAGGUAACUAUUUUACAGUGUAUGUUGUCUUUGCACUCGUUUAGCGCUGACCCCGUGGAUGCCGCGUAUAGUCAGCUACGGUAG